GGCUGUCGGCCGACGCCAUGAUGGCUGCCCUGCUGGGCUCCAAGCAUCGCGUGGGAACCGACCUGAGAGCCGGGCUGCGGCAGGUGAGGAAGGACGACGCCGAGAAGGAGAGCCGCGAGGUCGGCGAUUGGCGGAAGAACGUGGAUGCUCUGAGCGGCAUGGAGGGACGCAAGAAGAAGUUCGAGGCACCAGGGGGCGGGCAGGGCUGA